AUGGUGAUACUCACUGACGAUGCUGACUACGAUGCUGGUGAAACGUCUGGGAAUGUACCACAUCCACGGUUCGACUUUGGAAAUGAUGAUGCAUACAUUGUACUCCGGACUAGGUGCGUUCAUCUAAGUAUGACCAAAUUACGAAAACAACUUCUAUACAACGAAAGGAGACUGUGA